AGCGGUCACAUGACCGCGCCAAACCCGGAAAGGACAACCACAGUUGGCACAGGUAGGAUUGUAUCUCCCAGGAGUUUUGGAAGUGAAAUGAAGACAAGUAGAAGUGAAACUUGAGAUGCCAUCGAGAACUAAGACGACAACCUGAGUAAUAAAUCAGCCAAACCUAAACCUUCGUGCCGGGAAACGCUGGUUUCCUGCCCUAACGUGAAGUGGACUAUGCACCACCUCAGCUACACCUGUGUUCUUUUGUUGGGUUUCUACUCCUGUGGAUUUUCCCCACAUGUGUCCGCCUGCAAACACGAGCCAGAGACUCCGGACUGGAGGAUGACUCUGAAAACUAUUCGUAACGGAAUACACAAGAUUGAUACGUACCUGAACGCAGCACUGGACUUGUUUGGUGGUGAUGACGGGCUGUGUCAUUACACAUGUAGUGACGGUUACAAGCCGGUGCCUCGUCCUGGGUACAAGCAGCCGCCACCCAACGGAUGUGGCUCCCCGCUGUUUGGAUUCCAGUUUGACAUAGGCAUCCCGUCGAUGACCAAGUGCUGUAACCAACACGAUCGCUGCUAUGACACCUGUGGUCGAGAGAAACACGACUGCGACGAGGAGUUCCAGGACUGUCUGGAGACCAUCUGCAGGAACGUGCAAAGAACCCUGGGACUAGCCCAGAGUGUCCAAGCCUGUGAGUCGGCGGUGACUCUGCUGUUUGACGCUGUGAUGCACCUGGGAUGUAAACCGUACCUGGACAGCCAGAGAGAGUCCUGUGUGUGUCAGUAUGAAGUGAAGAGGGAGCUGUGACACUGCCACAGAAACAGGACUGUAAAACAGACACAACACUGACAGACGGACACCAGCAAUACACUUUUCUCUCAGACUCGUAGAUCUGUCUCAGGGUCCUUUAUUGAAGUUUUUUGUUAGACAAGUGAAUGUAAAGUACCUUUGUUUUUAGGAUAAUUAAUAUCUUCCCUGUGCAGUUAAUUAUUUAUAUUUUGUUUUGUCUUGUGAUGGACUGGAAACAGGGUCUGUCUGUGUUUUGGAUGCUUGGGUAGGAGCCAAUCUGUGAUGCUAAGACAGUUUAGUCAGUGUACAGCAGGUCAGCUGAACAUGUUACAAAGUGCAUUUUGUCUACAGGCAUCACAAAAUCCACUUGAGCAUGUGUAAAAAAAGACACAUUUCCAAUAAUAUAUCAAUGCUAAAUAUAUAUUAGGUUUAAAUGGAGCAGUUUUUUGUUCCUCUGGAAAUCAGCAGCUGCUUUUAAACUCAGCACAACAAACUAAACCAACUUAUUUAACAGUGUCAGAACUUUGUCUUUAUUUUCUCUAGAAUUAGAACCAAAUUACAUAAUUAUUUCUGCCAACCUUUCAAGAAGUUAGAGGAAACAAGAGACUGUAAAAUAAGACAUUAUUGCGCGGUCCCAUGGCUGUGAAAAAUGAGGAAGUAAAGAGUGCACGGCAUCUAAAGUAAUUUUGUUUUGUCCCCUUUAUGAAAUGAGUAAAAUAUCAAAUGGAGGGAAAAGCACUGGUGAACUCAGCUGAUGUAAACAUGACAACACUGUGGAGGAAAACGGAGCUAAAAUGUCCUUAAAAAAAUAAAGAAAGAAACUUGACUUUA